CAGACGCAUAUAGACUCAAAGUUGUCCGAAGGUACUGAGGUUUUUGAGAUUUUAGGUUCCACAGCUUUCGCUUUCCUCUCCUCCAAGCGCCCAAAAUGGGAAAGAAGAAGAAUAAGAAUACGACGGAAAGUGGCCAUGAAGGAUCCGAAACCAAACACAGCCCUAAUACUGUGUUCGUUUCUAACUUGCCUCGCUCUUUCACCAAUUCUCAGCUUGAAGAAACAUUCAGCGACGUCGGACCAAUCAGGCGUUGUUUUAUUGUUACGCAGAAGGGGUCAACUGAACACCGUGGUUUUGGUUUUGUUCAAUUUGCUAUUAAAGAAGAUGCUAACCGUGCAAUUGAGCUAAAAAAUGGUUCUUCUGUUGGGGGUCAGAAAAUUGCCGUUAAACAAGCUAAGAGUCGUGCUCCACUAGAGCAACGUCAAACAAAGGCGGCUCAAGUGGUUGACUCAGAUGGUGCAACAAAGACCAAGAAUGAUGCUAUUUCUAGGGUAGAUAAGGAUGCUUCAAACUUAACAGAAUCAGGGAAGGAUCUGAAACCAAGACAAGCAGUGAAACUUGUCAAUGAAUUGGUCGACAAAGAGAGCUGUUCUGAAAAGCAGAGGGUAGCUAGGACUGUAAUAUUUGGUGGUCUUCUGAAUGAUGCUAUGGCUGAAGAGGUUCAUCAUCAUGCCAAAGAGGUUGGGAAUGCAUGUUCUGUAACUUAUCCUCUUCCUGAGGAAGAGCUUCAGCAGCAUGGUCUUGCUCAAGAUGGAUGCAGAUUGGGUGCAUCAGCUGUACUUUAUACUAGUGUCAAAGAAGCACGGUCUGCUGUGGCCAUGUUACACCAAAAAGAAAUCAAGGGAGGAAUUGUUUGGGCACGCCAGCUAGGUGGAGAGGGUUCCAGGACUCAGAAAUGGAAAAUUAUUGUCAGAAAUCUUCCAUUCAAGGCUAAAGCAAAUGAAUUAAGAGAUGCGUUUUCGUCAGCUGGUUUUGUCUGGGAUGUAUUUAUUCCUCAUAAUUCUUCAACAGGGCUAUCGAAGGGUUUUGCAUUCGUCAAAUUUACAUGUAAACAGGACACAGAAAAUGCCAUUAAAAGUUUCAAUGCGCAAAUGUAUGGCAAAAGGACCAUGGCUGUUGACUGGGCUGUUCCAAAGAAAAUUUAUAGUAGUGGUGCCAAUGUGUCUGUCGCCACAGAAGAUGGACAGCAGAAUGAAACAGAAGGGAGCAGUGACAGUAGUAGUGAUGAUAUAGAGGAGGAAGAUUUUGAUGAUGAUAGAGAAGAUGUAGCUCCUGACAAGUCAGAUUCAUUUGAGAAAGAGGACAUUCCUGCUGAAGUUGAUUUUGAUGCGGAGGCAGACAUUGCAAGAAAAGUUCUUAAGAAUUUGAUCACAUCUUCAUCCAAAGGUUCCAUUCUUUCUGAUGUUAAUGAUUCCACACUGCCAAGGGGAAACAAUAAGCCAAAUUCUGAUGAAACUGUUAAUGUGCCAAAUGAGAAGUCCAGUGAACAAGAAAUUUCUUCUGGUAUUACUCCAGCUGGAAGCUCGGGCAAGACUAAUUCGGCUGAUAUUCAAAAGAGAGAGGCAGAAGACGAUUUACAGAGAACAGUUUUCAUAAGCAAUCUUCCUUUUGAUGUUGAUAAUGAAGAAGUGAAACAACGGUUCUCUGCAUUUGGGGAAGUGAAAUCCUUUGUCCCAGUCCUUCAUCAAGUCACCAAGCGACCAAGGGGUACUGGUUUUCUCAAAUUUAAAACAAAAGAUGCAGCCAAUGCAGCCGUUUCUGCAGCUAAUAUUGCGUCUGGUUUGGGGAUUUUGCUGAAAGGUAGGCAGUUGACAGUCUUGAAGGCCUUGGAUAAGAAGUCGGCCCAUGAUAAGGAAAUGGAGAAGGCCAAAAUUGAGGAUCAUGAUCACCGGAAUCUUUACCUGGCAAAGGAAGGUCUUAUUCUUGAGGGGACUCCAGCUUCUGAAGGCAUUUCAGCCAGUGACAUGGCUAAGCGGAAAACGCUGCAUGAGAAAAAGAUGACUAAGCUUCGAUCUCCAAAUUUUCAUGUUUCGAGGACCAGGCUUGUUAUAUACAACUUACCGCAAUCAGUGACUGAAAAAAAACUGAAAAAACUUUGUAUUGAUGCAGUUAUCUCCCGAGCUACAAAGCAAAAACCCAUGAUUCGACAGAUAAAGCUCUUGAAAAGUAUGAAGAAGGGAAAGGUUGUCAUGAAGAACAAUUCACGUGGGGUUGCCUUUGUUGAAUUUUCAGAGCAUCAACAUGCACUUGUGGCUCUUAGGGUUCUUAAUAAUAAUCCUGAUACUUUUGGUCCUGAACAUCGUCCAAUUGUGGAGUUUGCACUUGAUAAUGUUCAAAAAUUGAAGCUCCGGAAAGCUAAGCUGCAAGCUCAGCAAAGCCAUGGUGAUUUGAAAGAUAUACAAGAUAAUGAUGUGUCACAUGAAACGAAUGACAUUCCAGGGAGAAAGGAGAAUUCCAGAAAGCGAAAAUCCCGGGUUGAGAAUAUAGCAGCAAAGAAUUCAGAACUAGAUAAAAAUAUAGAGGAAAAUAUGGUUUCAGAGGGAGCUUCCCCCAAAGAGCAAAGAAGUGAUAAGAAGCGCAAGAGCAAUGCAGGAAGUGGAGAAACAAAAGCUGCUGUACAAGAUAAAUUUAAUAGCACAAAACAGAAGGUGAAAGGCUCUGUGCACGAGCAAAAUGAUAAGAGUUUCAGGAAACCUGAUAACAGAAGUUUAGUCAAAGGUGAAAUGACGGCUAGAAAUACCGAUGAAUCCAAACCUGCCAAGGAAGCAGGUUUGAAGCUGAAAAAGAGGAAGCUGUUAAACCAGGCAGCACAGGGAGGGGAAAAAAGUUCAAAGAAAAGACCAAAAAAGAACAAAGAUCCCUUAGGGCGGGACGUUGUAGACAAACUUGAUAUGCUUAUAGAAGAAUACAAGUCCAAGUUCUCAAAGCAGAGUUCUGAGAAACCUGAAGGUGACAAGCAAACUAAUAAACCACUCAAGAGAUGGUUCCAAUCAUAGUGAAAUGAUGAGGUUUUGUAGCGAACGUGGGUGGGAUUUCAAAUUUUGUGUUGUUAAAUUCAUCAAUUUUGGGAAUUUAAAAAAAAUAAUAAGUUAAUAUUUUUCAUUGUAGGCA